AUGAAUGACGUGUCUUAUGCUAUGGAUGAAUGCACAGUAUUCACGUAUGCCGAUGACACUCAAUUGUUCAAGUCUGCGAAAAAUAUCGACCAACUUGCCAUAAGUGCUGAUCUGAAAAGGUUGAUGAGUGGUUUGAAUUCAAACAAAUGAAAAUAAAUCAUUCAAAAUAUCAAGCAAUUACUUUUGGAAGGGUCGAGAGAAAUCCUGUGUUGACCUGUGAAGGAACCGUUAUCCCUAUUCAAGAUAAAAUGGAACUCCCUGGCGUCACUAUCGAUAACAAGCUUAAGUUUGAGGGACAGAUUCGUAAACUCUGUUGUAAAGUAAGUCAACAGGUUGCUGUUCUCAAUCGUCUGAAGAAAAUAUUGCCUUUUGAACCAAGGAUAGAUACAUAUCGUGCUUUCAUUGCACCGCAUUUCAAUUACUGCUCAGAGUCGUGGCAUCACUGUGGUAGAAGAGGUUCCGGCAAACUUGAAAAAGUCAGUGAACGAGCCCUUCGCUUUGUGACCCGUGACAAGUCAACCACGUACGAGACGUUGCUAAAACAACUAAACUUGCUGUCUCCAUUUAAUCAAAGAAUUGUUGAAAUGGCCACCGGUGUCUACAAAGCUAUCCAUGGGUAUUAA